CAAGCAAGUGUGAAAGAUUAAGGUUGUUGAUGUAUAUGGUAUUUGACUUAGAAAUAAAAUAAAAAAGGUUUGGAUGGUAUUUUUCAAACAAACUGUAUAAAAAGUUGGAAAAAAAAAAGAGUAAAUUAAGUUCCCAAUAAUCUUUAGAGCUUUACCACGGUGCACCACCCUCGAUUUCCCGUUCCGCCACCGAAAUUGUAAGCAGAACACUGAAGGUAUUUGAUAUGCCACCUACGAAGAAGGGCAAGGCCAAGGCUAACAAGCAGCAAUCGGUUCCGUCACCGAAACCCGAUCAGAGCACUAAAUUCCCCUCGUGUAUUCGUACCGUCCCUCCCUCCUCCGUCGCCAUCACCAUCCACGCCAAGCCUGGCUCCAAAAUGUCCUCCAUUGCUGGUUUUGACGAUGAGGCUUUAGAGGUGCAAAUUGACGCGCCUGCCAAGGAUGGGGAAGCUAAUGUCGCUCUUCUUGAAUAUAUCAGCUCCGUUUUAGGGGUGAAAAGAAGGCAGGUUUCCAUAGGUGCUGGAUCUAAAUCAAGAGACAAGGUCGUAAUUGUCGAGGAAGUAACUCUACAAAACGUUUUUGAUACAUUGGACAAAGUCUCAAAAUGCAAUUAAUGGGUAGGAGGAGACUCCAAUUUAAUCCUUGAUGAGGCAUGCAACUCUUUCUUGUCCAUAUCAUGUUUAAUUGUCUGAUAAAUGAAUCCUGACUUUUGAAUUAAUCUUCACUUUUGCCCAACUUUUCUUCUGAUAUUGUACUCUAAUGAUACUUGUCCCUACUGAAUUGCAUCUGAUUAGUCAAGUUUGAUUUUAGUCCAAUAAUUCUACUUGAACCAUCUUCUGGUUGAGAUUUGAGUU